GACGCUGUUUAGAAGCUGUUGAUCAGGUGUAUUUACCUUCGACUCUAAUUAACGGCAUUUUGAAAUAAAUAUUCUCUAACAAAAAGAGCAGUGUGUGAAUAAGUGCUCAAAUUUCUAGCAUUUCUCCGGCGUUACGCCAACUUUUCUUUUUUGUGGCGUCCCGGAGGUUGGUUGCUUACGAUUCGCAAUGGAUUCGGAUAGGGAAAAACACAUUUCUGUAACACAUUUCAUAAACCCACAAUUGUUCUGGUUUCAUGAAAAUACUGUUCCCAAUGCGGACUUCCAUCAAAUUAUGGAGCUGGAAGAUCAACUCGAGCAAUACUACAAAACUCAUCAACCGUGGACCCAGAACGUGCGCAAGCCAGAAGUUAAAAUGCUGGUAGCUGCAAAAUUCCUAGCCUGGCAAAAAAUGAUACGAGCACGUGUUGAACAUAUUGCAAACUUCAGUAAAAAUAAUCAGGAAGGUGAAUUUAUAUUGUGGGCAAUUGAUUAUGGUUUUCCCUUUCAAACCAAAUCGGACUUUAUCUUUCGUUUACCGGAUAAGUUGUGUAAUAAAGUUGAUCGCAUACGACGUGGGGGACUGUGUGAUCUUUCUCCAGCUGAACAGGAUUUUGAUUUUCGAAUGAAUUCUGCUGUAACAAAUGCCAAAGAACUUUGGAGCCAACGCGCAUGCGAUCUAUUCGACAAACUGCUAAACGAGUCUGAAUCUGUAGUGUUUAUUGAGAAAUUCAAAACCAAGGACCACAUAUGGGGCGAUGUAAUUGUGACUACGCAUUUGGGAGAUAAAUACAACGUCCGUGAUUUCCUUAUUGGUAUGUGUUUGGCAAUGGACGCUAAGGAAGAUUUCCGCAGCAAGUGUCUCAAUUUGAAAGCCACAAAAAUUUUGCCAUGGAUGACAAAUAGUGGCAAUAGUAAAUUCAGUGUAAACAGAGCCUUCUUGUGUGCCCGUAGCGAUCGUGACGAUAAAAAAAUACAGCAAUUGGUUAGCGUAGAAAGAAAUGACUAUGCAAAGAAAAAAGUGGAGGAUUGGUGUGCACGAAAUGAACUAGCGACAUUUCAGGAAUCGCCGGACAUCGAAGCCGAUAUGUUACUGGGCAGUAUUACAUUUGACGAUUCAGUAUCGAACAUUAAUUUUGAAAUUCGAAAACAAGAAUUCGAUGAAGCCGGGGAAUUAGCGAAAAAAGCAAACCUGACGAAGAAAGAAAGCCCAGAAAAGCUAAGACAAUUUGAUUUCGACUCAAGCGGUGAAUCCCAUAAACCUUUAAUUGAAGCGGAAAAUAACUUUGAUUUGAGGGAAAAACUUAUUGAUGAUGUAGAGUCUGUCUGCGAUGAAAUAAAUGAACAAAAACUUGGCAUGGCAGGGGCAUUGACCAAAUCAAGAAAAAAUAAAUACGACCGAAGAGAAUUACCACCAAAGCCAAGCAGUGUUGAUUUUGAUAUGAGUACUGAGUCCGAAAAAGAAAUAAGAUUAGCAAAUAAAGAAGCACAAGAGAAUGCUGAGCUCCUAAGUGGGGUACAAUCGAUGGCUUCAAUGAAUACGUGUAUUUCGUCUAGGAAAUUAAGGUUACUGGAAAAGCGGAAGCAGAUGAACAAGAAACAGUCUUAUGAGCCAAAUGUAGCCAAAACACAGAAGGCGUUGAGCAUUGAGAACGUGUGUCAUACGAAAAAUAAUCUCAUAGAUUUAAGCUCUAAUGCGAGCACUGCUAUAGACUCGGACAUAGAAAAACAAAUGCAAAAAACUGUUUUGGAGGAUUAUGAGAACAGCACCUCUAACAAGAGCGCUGUAUCUUCGUCGACUGCAAAUUCUCGUCAUAAACAAGAAGAAAGUAACACUGACAGCACAUCCAAUACAAACGAAAUUAGCACACCACAGAGCUCAAGUGCAUCAAAACGAAUGGAAAGGCUUAGAAAGAAACGCUUGGAACAUAUUAAAGCAGAUAUGAUUGAAACUAAUAAAUAUGAUGGUAUGAAAGAGGAACCAACUAACAACAGCAAGAAUCAAAAUCACACACAAUUAAGCAGCCAAAGUGAACACAUCGCCGCGCCUAAGACCAGCGCUCAUAUUAGCCGUUUGAUGAACUUGCGCAAGAAGGUUAAGGAUAUUAAGAAAGACUCGCAAUUCGAGCUCACUGAUUCGAGAUCACGUUUGUGGCCACCUGCAGAGUCGCUUAACGAAAAAUCUACAUUCCAUGGCUUACGUAUGAUACCAGCUGGCUUCGAUAUCACCAACCUGAAUCAUUACAAAGACGAAAAGAAUCAUUGGCAUCGUAAAGCGACCACCCGUUUUGAUUAUGUACCACAUGACUCUCAUAUACAAGAACUGAAUGAAGAGGAACAUACGAAUCAUCGUUCGCGAGGUCGACAUGCCGAAAGCUCAUCAAAGCAAAAUAAGAGCAUUUUAGACACAACUGUGCCAAAACUAAAUGAGGAUCCUAUAGACUUUGGCAAUUUCUCUAGUCAUGAGGUAAAGAGCAGCAUACCCAAAGCGGAAGAGCAGCAAUCAUCACCCAGUGGAAGCAAUUUAAGCUCCCCUGCUCCGCGAAAAUAUGGUAGCCGCCGUUCGCUUAAAUCUCCAUCUGCUCAAAUAAAUAAAAUUGAUGAAAUACUUCGCAGUGCUUAUGACGAAAAGGAAGGUGGCAAUGAUGAGAUACUGGACUUGAAAAAUCUCAACUCCAGCGGCUGCAAAGAUGAGUCUGAUAACACGGAGCUGUAUUCUGCUGAAGACGGAAAUAACGGCGGGUCUACGUCGGGAAAUGAACAAUUUUCUUCUGAUCAGCAUUCAUCCAAUAACCGCUCAUUGAUUAGAAGUCGCUUGCAAAAAAAAUUGACUGCACAACAUGCACACUUAAAGCAUAUAGAAGAACAACUAACGUCCGAACUGAAUGGAUCUAAGCCCGAAUCCUUUCGUGUUCAGUUGCCGCAAGUAUGUGACUUACUAGAAGUUGAGGGUGAGCAUAAACUAAAAACUAAAUUCAUUGACCAUUUGGUGCUGGCCCAUUCUAAAGUGCCGCUAACCUCGCUAUCAACCAUAUCAGAAGCGUUCUUUCUCAAAGAGAUACACGACGAAAUGGAGAAUAUGCGUGUUACCAAGCUGUAUCGCAUACAAGCUUACUCUUGGCCGCACUUGUUGCGUGGAAAUUCACUCUUUGUCGUGAACCCAAAUAAGUCUGGCAAAACAUGGAGCUAUUUGCCUGCGAUUUGCAGUUUGGUGGCUUAUCGCAUACAAAGUGGUCGCCUAGCCGAGACUUAUGGUCCUGUCGCUAUAAUCUUAGUCGCCACUUCGGCACAUGUUGAGGUUGUGCAUAGCCAUUGUAAGCGCUUGCUUUUAGGCGUGCGGCCGGCAGUGACGACAGUUCCCUCAUAUGGAAUCCGCAAUGCAAAUGAUGCAAAAAUCCAAUUGCUUAAUAGUUGCGGCAUAUUGAUAGCGACGCCAGCUAGUUUAUUGCGUCUUUUGCAUGAUAACGAAAAUGAAUCGUUAAUUGACAUAGAGCGGCUCAAGCACUUCGUUAUUGAUGAUUUAGAUUUGAUGCUUUCGCGUUCUCAGGACGAUAUAGAAACGGUUUUGAAGACGUUCUUCAUUAUGUCUAAGCGUAGCGGGAACAAAGACACAGCGCAAGCAAACUUGGGUUGGCAGUUAGUGGUAACAUCACGUGAUUGGGAUUCGUUGCUUGUGGCAUUGAUGCGUAAAUCAAACCAACCGUUGCUCUUAAUAGGAGAUUUUCUGGAGGCGGCUGUGUACGGCAGAGUGAUGAUAUCUAUUAAACUGUGUCCCAGCGAGCGUAAGAUCGGGACAAUUUUGGAAUUUAUAGAACAAAACGCACUGGAAAACGAACAUAUUCUUGUGCUGUGUAACAGCGACGAUGAUGUCUAUGAAGUGGUGGAUGCGCUUACUACCUCCGCGUAUGUGUGUAUUGCCUACGACAGCCACGCUUCAUCGGAUGUGCGCAUCUUAAUCGAGGAAUGGAAGAAAAAGAAGGUAAUGUCCUCGCGCAUCGUAGUUUGCGCCGAUUCCUCGUUUACAGAUCUACGAAUCCAAAAUGUGUCAUAUGUCAUACAUUUUUCCAUGCCCACAUCUUGGACCAAAUUUACAGCACGCUUUUCAGCAUUAGCGCAAACCUAUGACAAUUAUGUAAGUAAGAAUUUCGAGAUGCCCACUGGCUCGGACCGACCAACCGCGCGCUCCUUGAUAUUGCUUGACGAAGAGAAUAGCAUUCAGCUGCCGCGUUUGAUGGAUUUCAUGAAAAGGCAUGAUCAAUUGAGAUUGAUACACGCAGAUAUUUUAGCUGUGUCCAAGCGAGUGUUGAUUGAACGUGAAGAAGGGAGAAUACUACAAGGCACACGUAUGUGCCCUUAUGUACUUGAAUUUGGGGAGUGUGAUGAGGCGCGCUGUGACUUCCGUCAUAACCUUACGCGUUUCGAUGCAGUUUCUAAAAAGGAUCACAUUCCCACAGCCGGCGACAUCCGCAUACUAAUAUUAAAAGUAUUUUCACCCACUCAUUAUGCCGCCCGUUUGCUACAACAUCGCUCACCAAACUCCACCAAAUGGAAAGAUAUUCGACGCUCCAAGGAAGUCUGCAAUUUCAGCAUGCAAAUGAAUUUGCAUUAUUUGAAACGAGAGAAUUGGAAUAUGCAUUGGCCACUACAUAUAGGCGAUUUGUGUAUUUACAAAUAUGCGGAUUCGUAUCAACGGGCUCGUAUUCUUGAAUUGCCAGAUGUGCGAAAUACGGACAUUAUUAAAACUAUAAAACUAACUGUGAAAUUGAUUGACGAAGGUAGCAUCAUUUCUAGUGUUAAAUCCGAUGAACUUUUCGUGUGCCAUGACAAAUUUAAAGACUUUCCUGCGCAAGCAAUUAACAUACGGCUCUCAGGUGUCGUUCCAUUCGACAACGAGCGCACCUGGGAUACGAAGGCCACUAAAACUGUACAAAAGUGGAUAAUGACCGAUAUUAAAAAGAAUGAGUGCGUACAUGUAAGCAUCAAUUUCACACUUACCGACACAGUUUGGAUAAACAACGUAAUUGUGAUGGAGCAGCUCGAAAAGGUGGGACAAUAUGUGUACCAUUUGAAUUUGAAGCGCUCACUGUUGGAGAAAAAUAUUGCGUCAGCAGCUGAUUGCAAACGACAGAGCAUACGUGAAAUAGCAAAAGAAUUACAAUUACUUGCAAGUGACGAUGCAGAUGCCACAGUUAGUGACUCUGAAAUGGAUUUCAAGAGUUGUAGUGAGCACGAUACAAGUAACCUAAUAAAAUUUUCCUCUAAUGAUGUGACUAUGGAAAGUGAAAUGCUACUACAGGCGGACAAUCAAGAAAAAAACAUAAAAGAGGUGCAGAAAUCUGAAGAGCCAACCAAAACCAAUGGUGUCAAAGAAGAUGAUGAACAAGAAGAUUGGGAUGCACAAUUAGGUGCUAAUGAGAUUUAUUUGCCCCUACGAACAGACGACGCCCCUGAAAAAAACGAUCCGGUGCCAACGACAAUAUUGUCUCAAAUUGAUCAACUCGACGUUUUAACCACCAAAACAUGGAAGGAAGAGUGGCUUGAAUUGCCCAUAGAGGAGAUUGUUAAGGUGGAAAUUGGAAGUGAGGAAGAAAAUGGUAAUUGGGGUGACAUUUAUUUGCAACAUGUCAGCGAUGAACAAAUGCAAAUAUUCGAUGAAUUACUCGAGUUAACCAAAUCUCACGUAAGACAGUUACAGCAAAAGACGUUAAUGCCGUUUCCUGCAUCUUGGUUCAAGCCUAUGCAAAAUUGUAUCGUACACUAUGAAGAUAGGUACUUGCGCGCCAAGCUGUAUGGCAUAUUUAGUACCGAUUCUUCAAUUGGCGCCUCUUCUUCGUCUAUAUAUCGUUUCUUUUUAUGCGAUUACGCAUGUUUCAUAAUGGCAAAACCUGAAGAUUUGUAUAAUGACUUUUUGUAUCCAACCACCAAAGAAAUAGUGGAGUUUACACCUUAUCAGGCGGUGCAUUGUUCUCUUGCUGGAAUUCAGCUAAAUCGAUUUGCGAAGACUUUCAAAGUAACCAAAGAUUAUCUGUUUGCAUAUGCGGUAAAAGCACAAGAAACAACACCGGUAGACAUACCUGACUUCCACAUAAAAUCUUACGCAAUUCUGUUGUAUGAAAAUGAAACAGAAAACGAUUUAAAAACGAUUGAAAUGCUCAAUAAAGCUUUAAUUAGUAACGGUGUUGCCACUGUAGAUGAAAAAACAAAACACUUUCUGAAUAUUAAAAUAAAACUACCGGAAGUACCUAAGGAUUUGUGUAAUUUUCAUGAACUUUUGUGCUGCAUACAACGCUCGUUUCAACUAGAGAUGGAGGAGGCUAAGUACUCGGUAUCUCCAUCACCAUUGCAAGCAAUUGAACCACCUAAACUUCAAGCACCACAAGAAAAGGAGCCGGUCACCGGUAGUGUCAUUAAUCCGCACAGACCCUACAAAUCAUUAAAUUCCAAACGUCAUGGCGUUUCUAGCGGUAGUGAUGAAGAGCCCUUGCUAUCGUCGACGACCAAAACUUCAAGCAGCAGCGAUAACGAUCAGUCAUUUAGCUCACCAUCCACAGCACAUGAUACCACAUCCUCAUCGAUAUCUAGCUGCGCGCCUCCACCAGCAUUACUAACGAAACACAAACGCCCACAUGUUACCUGGUACGAUACAGAUUGUUUCAUCUAUUUGGUCAUAAACGCGCCCGAUAUUAACGACUAUUACCUAGAAGUAACUGCUGACAGCUUGGUAUUUUACGCCAUAAUUAACGAUCAACCACAUGCACUAGUGCUCAACUUUCUGGGUAUUGUGGAGCCUUCGUUGAUUUCACACGAAAUACGCGGUUUAAAUGUGAUGGUGCGUUUGGUCAAGGGCGUAUUCAUGAAGUGGCCACGUCUAUUGCAACAGUCGAUGCGGUACCCAUGGAUCACUUUCAAUUUGAACGCCAUUGAUUUGACGGAGGUGGAGAAGUUGCUGCCACAACAGCAACUGGAAAUGAUUCUGCAGAAAACAGCAGCACUUAACCGCAGCGACAGUUAUAGUAGUGAUGAAUCUGAUGACGAAGAACGCAAUCUAUUUCAAACAUUUACACCCAUAAUUAACAGCGAGGAUAUACAUGAUCCCACUGUUGAGAUAUUUUGACACCAAAAGGCAAUGAAUGGCUUGGAUCGUCGGCUUGGGAGUUUUGUAUUUGGCAUUCAGAUGGCGUUCGGCUUGCAUUUCUAAAAUGUUACCCAUUCUUAGACAACGAAUUUAAACACAUUCAUAUUUUUGAAUAUACCAAAUAACUGUUUUUUUUUUGUUUUGAGAAUUUCUUUUACUAUUACUUUGAGUAACUACUUGUAUAAAAUUUUAAGAAACCUACAAGCAUACAUUAAUAAGUGACUUUUGAAUGAAAUUCCGCUGCGUUAAUAUGUACAUAUUUACAUUUAUCGUAUACAUACACACCAUAUAUACCUUAAGAAUUUCGAAUAUAAGUUCUGGGAUUUCCAAAGCUAAUAGUUUUUGUUCUGAAUAAAUGUAUAAAGAGUGAUUCUUAUACUCGUAUGUAA